AUGUUGGGCAUGUGGUCCUUGCUUCUCCUCUGGGGGCUGGUGACUCCGUGCCAGGGGCUGCUUGAGAAGGUGGGCACGCUUGCUCGGAUUGACAAGGAUGAACUUGGCAAAGCCAUCCAGAACUCGCUGGUUGGGGGGCCUAUUCUGCAGAACGUCCUGGGGACAGUCACAUCUGUGAACCAGGGCCUCCUGGGCUCUGGGGGACUGCUCGGAGGAGGCGGCCUGCUGAGCUAUGGAGGAGUUUUUGGCAUUGUGGAAGAGCUUUCUGGGCUGAAGAUCGAGGAACUCACACUGCCAAAGGUGUCGCUGAAGCUGCUGCCUGGGUUUGGGGUGCAGCUGAGCCUGCACACCAAGGUGGGCCUGCAUGGCUCUGGCCCCCUGGGGGGCCUCCUGCAGCUGGCUGCGGAGGUGAACGUGUCGUCGCGGGUGGCGCUGGGCGUGAGCUCUCGGGGCACGCCCAUCCUCGUCCUCAAGCGCUGCAGCACGCUGCUGGGCCGCAUCAGCCUGCUCUCGGGGCUGCUACCCGCACCGCUUUUCGGGGUCGUGGAGCAGACACUCUUCAAGGUGCUGCCGGGACGGCUGUGCCCCAUGGUGGACAGUGUGCUGGGCGUGGUGAAUGAGCUCCUGGGGACUGUGCUGAGCCUGGUGCCCCUUGGGGCUCUUGGGUCCGUGGAAUUUACUCUGGCCACACUGCCUCUUAUCUCUAACCAGUACAUAGAGUUGGACAUCAACCCCAUCGUGAAAAGCAUAGCUGGUGAUGUCAUCGACUUCCCCAAGCCCCCCAAACCCAUCAAGGUGCCCCCCAAGGAGGACCACACAUCCCAAGUGGUUGUGCCUCUGCCCCUCUUCAGCACCGUGUUUGGGCUCCUGCAGACCAACGGUGCCCUUGACAUAGACAUCACCCGGGAGCUGGUCCCCAGCAAUGUGCCGUUGACAACUACAGACCUGGCGGCUUUGGUCCCUGAGGCCCUGGGAAAGUUGCCCCCAGGCCAGCAGCUCCUGCUCUCCAUGCGGGUGAAAGAAGCACCGUCAGUCACACUCCAGAACGGCAAGGCCACCAUCUCUAUCCCAGCUAACAUCCAUGUGCUGUCCUACCCCCCUAAAGGGACCCCUGAAGCCCUCUUCGAGCUGAAUGCAGUUUUGACUUUAAAUGCCCAGCUGGCUCCCUCGGUUACCAAGCUGCACCUCUCACUGUCCCUGGAACGGCUCAGUGUCAAGCUGGCCUCCUCCUUUGCCCACGCCUUUGAUGCAUCCCGUUUAGAAGAAUGGCUCAGUGAUGUGGUCCGGGUGGCCUAUGUGCCGAAGCUCAAUGUGGACCUGGAUGUUGGAAUUCCCUUGCCUAAGGUUCUCAAUGUCAAUUUUGCCAACGCAGCCCUGAAGAUCAUCGAGAAUGCUGUUGUAUUGACCGUGGUAUCCUGA